AGUCUUACCCUUUCGAUUGCAGGCAUUUUCAAAGAGGUGUUCACUCUAUACCUCGCCGUCAACUAUAACGGCGACCAAAUGAGUCGAAUCAACUUCAUUGGACUCAUUGUUUGUUUAUUGGGAAUAGCAUUACAUGUAGUCAUCAAAGCCUUGGACACAACCGGUAAGUCAAACACAAUGUUAUGGAAAGAGAAGUCUCAAAGUCUGGAGGAAUUGAAUCCAAAAGACUAUUGGAGGGCAUCGAUGAAGACGUCUUAUUUGAUUUGAAGCCAAUUGGGGCCAAAAUAUAUUGAAUUAUAAUUUCUAGUCUAUUAUAUAAUUAUUCUUAUGAUUCCGUUCUUUGGUUACAAAGUUUUGACACAAUUCUCGAA